AUGGAAAAACAUCAUAAGAAAUUGUACAGCGACGUCGUUAUCAUUGGAGCAGGCCUGUCGGGAAUCGACAUGGCAUGCCAGCUCCAACGGCAAUUAUGUGUCAGCGACUACGUGGUUUACGACCGCGCUGGAGAAUUGGGUGGCGCGUGGGCCGCCAACAAAUGUGCUUUUUCCGCGUCCCCUUCAAAGUGCCUUUUUCCGUCCCAGAAGGAGAUUCUAUCCUACAUUCAACGCGUCGCUCGCACCAACCAAGUCACUGAACAUGUGAGAUUUCAUACUGAAUGGAAAGGUGCCCAGUGGGUAGAAGCAUCAGGUACAGUAUCCGCUUUGGGAUGGCUUGAGCUUGCUGCUGAUGCCAUCUUAGUAAUUUCUACCGAGCUACCUUCUCGCAACACCGUGGAGGGUUCAUAUUUGAACGGCGGCAAAAGCACAGUUGUAUUUGACGCGCUUGGCGCACCCGUCGCUAAGGCUGGCGUCCAAUUACUUAUGACGCUCUGA